GGAGAAGGAGGAGGAGGAGGAGGAGGAGGAGGAGGCGGCGGGGGCGGAGGAAGCCGCCGCUCCCCGCGCUCCGCCGAGGCAGGAGCAUCCCGGAUCCCGGGGACAUCCCCCCCUCGCCGCCGCUGCCGCCGCCCCCCGCCCCGGGGCCGCCGCUGAGGGUGCAGGCACAGCCCGGUGGGACCCCCACUCCUGCCCAGGACCAUGAUCCCCCCCAAGGAGAAAGCCCGCGCCCCCAAGGACAGCAUGACGCUCCUGCCCUGCUUCUACUUCGUGGAGCUGCCCAUCGUGGCCUCCUCCGUUGUGACGCUCUAUUUCCUGGAGCUGACGGACCUCUUCAAGCCGGCCAAGGUUGGCUUCCAGUGCCAUGACCGGGCACUCUCCAUGCCCUACGUGGAGACCAACGAGGAGCUCAUCCCUCUGCUGAUGCUGCUCAGCCUGGCCUUCGCUGCGCCUGCUGCCUCGAUCAUGGUUGGGGAGGGCAUGGUGUACUGCCUGCAGUCCCGGCUGAAGGGCCGCGCCGGUGCCGAGGGCAGCAUCAACGCUGGUGGCUGCAACUUCAACUCCUUCCUGCGCCGCACCGUCAGGUUUGUGGGUGUCCACGUGUUUGGGCUCUGUGCCACAGCCCUGGUGACAGACAUCAUCCAGCUGGCCACGGGCUACCACGCUCCCUUCUUCCUGACCGUGUGCAAGCCCAACUACACACUGCUGGGCACGCCCUGCGACGCCAACCCCUACAUCACCCAGGACAUCUGCUCAGGCACCGACAAGCACGCCAUCCUCUCCGCCAGGAAGACCUUCCCAUCCCAGCACGCCACGCUCUCGGCUUUCGCUGCUGUUUAUGUGUCGAUGUAUUUCAACUCCAUCAUCUCGGACAGCACCAAGCUCCUCAAGCCCAUCCUGGUCUUCGCCUUCGCCAUUGCUGCUGGCAUCUGUGGCCUGACCCAGAUCACCCAGUACCGCAGCCACCCCGCCGACGUCUACGUGGGUUUCCUGAUCGGCUCUGGCAUUGCCGCCUACCUGGCUUUCCAUGCUGUUGGCAACUUCCGUGCCCCAACGGAGCGUGUCCCGGCGCAGGCACCGGCCAAGGACGCGCUGCGGGCGCUGACGCAGCGGGGCCACGACUCCGUCUACCACCAGAACAAGUCGGUGAGCACGGACGAGCUGAACCCGCAGGCGCGGCUGGAGGAGGCGGCACGGCCGGUGCCGCGCGAGAAGAACUCGCUGGGCAGCCUGAAGCGGGCCAGCGUGGACGUGGACCUGCUGGCCCCGCGCAGCCCCAUGGGCAAGGAGAACAUGGUGACCUUCAGCAACACCCUGCCCCGCGUCAACACCCCUUCCAUGGACGACCCCGCGCGGCGCCACAUGACCAUCCACGUCCCCGUGGACGCCUCCCGCUCGAAGCAGCUCAUCACGGAGUGGAAGCAGAAGUCGCUGGAGGGUCGGAGCAUGACGCUGGCGGAGGAGGCGGCGCAGGGCCGGGCCGUGGGCGAGCCGGGCGAGGAGGUGCCCCCCUCGCUGUACCCCACGGUGCAGGCGCGCUCGGCCGAGCGGGCGGCCAUGGGGCCCCGCGUGCUCAUCCAGCCCCGGCCGGGCGCCUCGCAGCUGGUGCACAUCCCCGAGGAGAGCCAGGCAGGCGCCGGGGCCGCGGCCGGCAGCGGGGCGGCCGUGCGGGCCAAGUGGGUGAUGGUGGCGGAGAAGGGGGGAGCGCAGAGGGUGGCCAACCCCCCGCGCCUGAUGCAGGUCAUCGCCAUGUCCAAGCAGCAGAGCCUCGUCUCUGUCACGCCCAAGCACUCGGAGACGUCCUCGUCCUCCACCAGCUCCGACUCCUCGCAGUACCGCUCGCCCUCGGAGCGGGACAGCUCCAGCAUCAUCACCAUCGACGCCCACGCCCCUCACCACCCCGUGGUCCACCUCUCUGCUGGCAAUGGGCCCUGGGAGUGGAAGUCGGGGCCGAAGGGGCCAGAGGGGCCUGACGCCUACGAGCUGGGUGAGGUGGGGAAGGAUUUCCACGGCUUCCGCCCAGCCAAGAGCGCCGGCGUCUCCCCUGGCUCCUCUGUCAGCGACAUGGAGCAGGACGAGCCGCGCUAUGGCAGCCUGGCCGCCAUCCCGGGGGCAGCAGGGGGUGGUGGGGAGCGGGGGGAGGCCCCCCCCGAGGGGCUGCUGGCCACAGCCAGCCGCGACUCCACGCUGCGGAGGAAGCCGGCCGAGCGGGACGGGCCGGCGGACAGCGAGGUGGACCUGUACUACAAGAAGAUGCAGGCAGGCCGCAGGUUUAAGGACUGAGCCCUGCUGCCUUGCCAGGGCCCCACGCCCCUGCCCUGAUCUGGGGGGGCUCUGUGAUGCUGGGGUGGCUCUGCGGGGGAUGGCAGGAUGGGCUGGCUUUGCUCUGGACCAGCAUGGCCACGCUGCUCCUGAGCCAGCUGAGACCCCUCUGGGACCCCUGGCAUGGGACCCUGCUCCUGCUCGGGCAGCUGGUGGGGCUCUGCGCCCCCAAAGCUGUGGGGCUGGGCAGCUCCAAGCACUUUUGACUUUCUUUUUCUCUCUAACACUGGUGCUGACAUUUCCAAGGGGUUAUUUUAUUCCGGCUCUGGAAGUGGAUGUCUGUAGGGGGGCGGGGAGGGACAAAUGGUGCUGAAGGGCUCUGGGGGGGACUGGAUUAAGGGGUUUACCAGGGGGAAGAGGCUGCUGUGGGGCAGCAGGCCCUAGCUCAUGUGGGGGUUUGGGGGUCCUGUGACACCCCCCAUCCUGCACCACCGGUCUGUGUCAGGGAGCCUGAGGGUGGACAGGCUGGGAGGGGAGGUCUGCCCGGCGCUGUGGCUCUGGGCGUGAGAGGCUGUAAAUACUGCAGGGACUGGAGAGAGGGGGGUAUUGGGGUGGGGGUGCAGCGGGGGCUGAGCUCUGCCCCGGGAGGAGCAGCCC